ACCCAUCUAGACAUCCAGAGCUCUCGAGAGUAUAAAAAUCUUGCAAAAGAUCAAUUAACACAAAUUAUUUUAUUAAUUAAUUUUCAUUUUUUACAAAAACUUAUUUUAAAUCUUUUAUAUUUAAUUUAUUAUUAAAGUUGACAAACAUCACAACUUAAAAUUAUUUUAUUUAGAAAUUACAUUUUAAAUAGGCUUUUGUUUAUCAUACGGUUACACAGCUGAUUAAUAAUAAUAACAACAAACAAAAGUCAAUAGACAAAUAAUGUCUCAACCAACAACAACAAUACUGACGGCUGGUCGUCGUCGAAAACGAUCGCAACUUGGCAAUGGAGAUUCACGAUCACCAUCUCCAGAGCAUUAUAUAGAUCUAACAGUAGAUACACCAAUAUCAACAAGACAACGUAAACAAUCAUCAAUUUAUAAGUCUGAUUCUUCUGGUAAUGUUACUGCAAAUUUAAACGAUACCAUUGUAAUUGAUGACAAUGAUUCGCCAGUAAGUCGUCCAUCUCGACCAGCAAGACAAAGAAGAUCAACCGGGCUUCGUUGUACUGUCAUUAAUAAUGACACUAAUGUAAUGCCUACGUCAUCAGCUGGUGCUAGUGUUUCUGCUGCUGGUGUUGCUACUACUACCACUCUAUCAGAAGUAAUUGAUAUGAAAGAUCAAACAAAGGAAAAAAAUAAAAUUCAAACAAAUGAUUUACAUAAUGAAUCAACUACUGUAUUAUCUUGCCCAAUAUGCUUUGAGGAAUUGAUGAAUUCUUCAUUGAAACCAAUGUCAACAAAAUGUGGUCACAUAUUUUGUGAAAAUUGCAUUCAAAGUUCUCUAAGUGCAAGAAAAAAAUGUCCAGUAUGUAUGGCUCCGGCUACUCUCAAAUCUUGUAUUCGUCUUCACCUUUAAUGUUACUUAUUUUCUUUUCAUUUAUUUAUCAUUAUUACUUAAUUUAAAAUUUAUAUUAAAUCAGUAUUCUUUAUUACAUUUAAUAAUUUUAUAUUUAUAAUUGUCCAGAUCGUAAUUUAUACUUUCAAAUAAGUCGACAAUAAUAAUUAUUAUUAUCGUAAAUAAAUUAAUUUCAAAGACUACAUAAAAUUACAACUAUUCUUUAGUUUCUAAUAAUUAAUAAU